ACGCUAAAUCUCACCCGAAACAGUCCAAAUCUCGUGGACCGCUCGAGCAAUGUUCGAGACAUUUCACCAUUUCACGUCGCGCCGCAUGAAAUUAAUCACUCCACAGUGCCCAUAUCUCGUGUCUACUUUGCAUUUAUAGUCGCUCAGUGGACUCUUGUGUGCUAAAUGGUUCGUCUUUGAAGGCAUCGCGAAGAUAACAAACCGCUGUGUGCUCACCCAAACCUCUUUCGUGCCACAGUGUGAGCCACAAAACCCAUUGGGACUUUACCCGCUCUGCAGACAUCGGUGAAUAACGAAUUUAUAUAUAUAAGAAAAAAAAGGCAAGAAAUAAAAGAAAAUCGUGCUCAAAUGGUGUUUUACAUGCCGUUGAAGUGACUUUUUUUUCCAACCCGGACUAAAUGUGAAAAGAAACUUAUUUAGAGAAAAAGAAAAAACUUGAGUGAGACAGUUUGUAUUGUGUUAUAGGGACUUAAAAGUUCUGCCCUUUUUUACGGGCACAAACAUUUGCGCUAGAGUAAAACCUUUUAGAAAAGACUCAUCGAAGUUUAUGAACGUCCAGACAGUGAUUUUUGUGUUGAGAUCGUCAAAGAGUGCAAAAGCCAUAAAUUGUGGAUUACAUAUUGCACUUACAGGACUUAGAAGGCACGUAUAUAUGCUUAGUAUUUGGUGCAGCAGUGAGUGAUCUUUUUACGAGUUCACUGACUCUAACAAAAAGGGGGGCAAAACGCACGUAGAUAGCUAACACACAUGAGGGGUGUCACCAAACAGGGCUUCGUAUAAUAUGCAAGGAAAUAGUGUGUAUAUUGUGAGAACUUGUGAUGCAAACUGAGCGUACUCUAGGGGGUUGGCAAGUGCUUCCAAAAGUAUCUUGGAGCUGCUGAAGUGUCCUCUUCAUUGCAAUAUGUUUGACGUGCGAUCAAUUGAGUCGGGUGAUCAGCAAGAUAGUGAUAUGUCGUCAUUCUGCAGGAAACGUUCAUUUCAGCGACAGGCGUGUCUCCUUAGUGUAAUGGCUGCAUUUUCACUUGGACUCGCCCUUGGGGCUUUUGUUCCAAUUAUUGGUAUCACGGGUGAUCGCGAUGUGAUCCGGCCGACGGCUGAUGUUGCGCACGUGGAGCACCUCGUGGUACGAUCUAGUAGAUCAGAUGACAUACAGAGGCGUCGUCUGCAGAAAACAGUGCCAAACAUUUAUGUGCCAGUGUCCUUUGUUGACAAUUUGGAUGUUAAUUCCGUUGAGAUGCCCCUCGAUGGGAAUAGUGUUGAGCCAGUUGAGGCGGCCACCGCCGAUAAUACUUCCGUGGAGUUUGUCCAUACUGAUGAUUCACCAGACAUGGGAUUGGAUGGUAUUGUGGAGGAUGGUAUCUACUGGGGUCAAGUCAUUGAAGAGCAUCUCCCCAAGGGUUUCGACGACGCCGACACACGUGCCUGGAGGGAGUACAUCAGUAAGAGCUUUGUUGUAAGUCUCAAGCCAGGAUGUGGAAGGAUGCAGAAUCGCCUGGUGGUGUUCAAUGAUGGGCGGCGAGCAUGUGCCAGGUAUAGGCAAAACACCGACCAAAUUCAGGGUGAGCUGUUUAGCUUCUACUUGGGCCAGUUGUUAAAUAUAAGCAAUCUGGCACCUAGUACUGCAUCUGUGAUUGAUACAGACUCACCACUGUGGACAUCAGCAUCACAAGAUAUUUUAAGUGCUCAGUGGAAAGUUCAGCGACCAGUUGUACUCACAAAAUGGAUCUCAGAUUUGGAACCUGCUGGUAUUCCGACGCCAUUUCAACCACUAGACAAGCAUAUGAAUAAAUUUGAUGUUCACAAUAUCACACUGGGAAUUGAGGAUACAAGACCACAGAGGGGUCUAAUGGAUAUUCUGGGUGCACCCAAGAACACACCCAAGUCCCCGCCAAUUCCACCCCCAAAUCGUCUUGAUGCUACCAAAUUGGGGCGGCUGGUGGAGCUAGCCCAGUGGUCGGAUUUAAUUGUAUUUGACUAUUUGAUUGCAAAUUUAGAUCGUGUCGUCAAUAAUUUAUACAACUAUCAAUGGAAUGCAGAUAUAAUGGCAGCACCAGCACAUAAUCUCGCCAAGCAGAGUGAUUCACAACUCUUGGUCUUCCUCGAUAACGAAUCCGGUUUACUGCACGGAUAUCGUUUACUCAAAAAAUACGAGGCAUAUCAUGGAUUAUUGCUCGAUAAUUUAUGUAUAUUCAGGCGAACGACGAUACAGCAACUGCAGCAACUCAAAGACGAUGGUCCCGCCACGAGGCUCCAACGUAUCUUUGAGCACACAGCUUCGGACAAAGUCAGGGACAUCCUCCCACCAUUGCCCGAGAAAUCCGCCAAAAUUCUCAUCGAUCGCAUCGAUCGGGUCCUAGGCCAAGUGCAAAAGUGUCAUGAAAUGUUCUCAGUGCAGAGUUGAUGAUUCGUUCCUUGUGCGCAUCGAGCUCUUGCACUGUUUAUUUUGUUGUUUAUUGUUGUUCAAAAUCCAACGCAAAGAUGCUGUGGUGAGAGAGACACACACGUGAAAAAAAAUUGCCCAGAGACAAGUUUAAGAGAAGGCAGAAAAGAAUAAUACACAGCGUUACAUGCGGAGGGAAAAAAAGUGCGUCGAGAUGUGAAUGAAGAAUUUCCAACAGCAAGAAGGAGGCAGAAAAGACAAUUACUCAAAAGCGUAAAACAUUUCCGAUGGUAUUUUCCACAAAUAGUGCCUGUAAUACGGAACAACAAACGCGCUAAUUAUCAAUGUAAAUAGUAGUUAAAAGUAAAAAUGAAAAUAGGAGAACAAAAAACAACGCAAGAAUUGUAUAAAAUAUGACUGUAUAUUGUGAUCGUCCUUUGUGUGUAUAAACUAAAAAAAAUAGAAGAAGAAAAAAACAUUAAUAUUUCCGCUCCCAAUGCGAUUAUUCAAUAUUUGACUUUAUAUAGAAAAGAAUUAUAUAUUAUGUAUGUAUAUAGCAAAUGCAACCAAAAAAAAAUUCAAGAAAAAUGCGCAAGAGAUAGCGAAUAUAUAGAACUUCAAAUAUGCCGUACUGUAAGUGCAUUCCUUCAGUCAUUACGUGUCAAGAGAGAAGAAGUUCUGCCUAUUGUUUAAUUUUUCUUUUAUUUAUUUAAUGAAAAAAGAAAUCAGAAAUGGUAAAAAACUUUUACAAUACAGCUAUAUAUAGAAAAGAAAAUUCAAUUGUUAUUUUUUUUCUAACGAUUAAGUAAAACUGGAAGUCACAGUGUCUGAUUACUAAACUAUCAUACUUUAUGUCCAACAUAUCAAUCAUUUAUACAUAACUGAAAAUCAUAAACUGUUCAUAAAAUCUCCAUCUCCGAAGCUUAUUGCAAAUUGCAAUGUUAUAAAUAAUUCAGACACCAUUAAAUUUUAUAAAAUUUAGUUAUAUAUUUAACACACCUGAGAGAGGGAGAGAAGAUGAAAGAAGACAACAAGGAAUGAAAAAAAAAAAACGAAGAAGUUCUGCAUAACUUUGAGAGUGCAAGAAGGAGUUUUCGGAGUGCUGGGUGAGACAGAUAGAGAUAAAAAGCCCGUCGAUGCGUUUAUUAUUGUAUUUUGUGUGUGGAAAAGAAACAUGGCAUAGGAUAAAAGAAGGGUAUAUACCGGAGGAGAGAAUAUAAUAUUCAAAAUCGUAAAAUUCUUCUCUUCCUUGGUGCCUUAGAACUUUACGGUCUGUUUUCAUCUAAUACAUUUUAAAGAGACAUCCACCCGAUGAGUGAACGGGACGAGAUGAAGGUUUCUUUUUAUGACAUGAAUGUUAAAAAUUAUCUGCCUUUUUAUGGAAAGUAGAUUUAUUAUUGUAGGAUAUUUAUGAUACACCAGUCAGUCAAAGAGUUGAUAGUUUAGCUAGCAGCGUCUUUUGUGCACACAAACACACCAUACACACGGCAAAUGGUUAAACUCAUGCCUUAUUGAUUCGGGGCACGACAAACACAAUGAACAUCAUUUGGUGCUCUUAAAUAACACCAAUGGCAAUGCAUACCGGGCGUAUAAUGCAAAACACACGCCACUUAAAAUGGACACAAAAAUAUAUUUCUCAAGUAUUGAGAUGAUGGAAAUCCCUCGCUUCAUCACACACAGAGGUGUCUCAUUUUAAUAACCAAAUACUCUUCUUCUUCUUUUGCUCUCAACAGAGAUGGAUUCUGUGAAAUUUUAUCUCACCUUAAAUCCCGACUUUAUUGAGCAAUUCCAAUUUUUCUUUUCAUCUUCAUUCACAGUCUGUGCAAAAAGUGUAUGUACAAAAGUUCUUAAUUGUACAUCUGACAUCAUUCUCAAUGUUAUUUUCUAUGAAUGCAAUACUACGAAUUUUCUAUGCUAUCAAAAUGUAAAAUUGCAAAUUUUCGUGCGAUAAAUUAAUUUAAUUUGAAUUAACUGAAUCAUUUUAUUAAUACUGCCAUAAUGGGGUAAAUGGGAUCGAUUAGUUUCAUUGAUUUCUUUUCAAUAGUUUUGCAAAUUAAUUUACAUCAAUACUUAAAUGUUGUCAACACAAGGGGUGUUUAUCUGGCGAAUCCGAAGAUUCAAAGAUUUUUAUUCAGAUAGACGCCCAUUGUCACCACCAAUCCAUUGAAAAAAUGAAACAUUUUUAAUUUUUUCUUCAAAUUUUGUUUCUUUGACCAAAAAUAGUUUUUUGUGUUUACUGAAAUAAUAAUCCGAAGAUUCGAAGAUUUUUAUCCUUCAAUUAAAAUCCUUAAAAAAUAAUGAAUGAAACUUUGCAAUAUUUAAUACUUAAUCAAGCUAAAUUUAUUGAAAUGAAAACUUAAUAAUUAGUAGGUAUCCUGAAGAUAUGUCUUUGCUAUUUCUUUUCUUAUACUCUGUAAAUUCUCUAAAUAAUAUUAUUGACCUGAAGAAGGGAGCAUAAACCUUCGGAACGUGAUUGUCAAGUAAAAAAAAGAAAUUAAAAAUUUUUCAGUGUUUUUUUUUAUUGCUCGUAGUACCUACUUAGAACUCAUUUUUUUCCAAUUGAAAUACAAAAAGAAAUGAUAAAUGACAAGAAUGCUUUAUAUUUCAAUCAAACAAGCAUAAACUGGAUGAAGUAAUUGAAUAUCAACCAAUUACGCUAGCUUAUAACACGUUUAUUAAUUUAAUAAAAUUCAAUUUAUUUAAUAUUAUUCAAUGUUGUAGGAUUUGUACUAGAAACGAGUAAGAGGUAGUAAUUAAAAUUGAAAAAAUUAUAGAUUUUCACUCACUUGUGUCCCAAUGAAAGAAACUCUAAGAGUUCAUUUGUUCAAUGUCUCUAUAGGUAGCCAGUAGUAGUUGUACGAUAUGUCUAUAAAUAAAAGAUAAAACAUAAAAGUUAAUUCUCUCAUCAAAAGUAAAAGAAUAUUAAUUGUUUAUCAUUGCAAUGCUAAAACUUAUAUUUUAAUCCAAAUGACAGAAAAAAAUGAUUCUGUGCAAAAUCUAUCACUAUCACAAAAUUUUCAUUUAUUUCAACUGUUAAAUAUUUAUUUGGUUUUGCUGUCUAUUUGGUAUUCCUUUAAGAUAUAAUGCACUUCCUUUUGCAACUUUACAUUUGAUGCAUUUUUUGUAAUAAUAAAAACUUAACACCUUUAGUUUAUUUUUAAUGUUGGAUCUUCAAAUUUUCAACAGAUAUUAGCUUUAAAGAACAAUCUUUUGCAUCACUCUAAAAUACUUUUAGCACUUAAUUUCUGACUCUUAAUUUUGCCAUUAUAUAGAGAACCUCAAGAAUCGAGACCACAACGUACAUAUGCCCGUAUUCACUUAAGAAGAAACAAAUGUCAGAAAAAAAUUUAAUAAAUUGGUUAAAAUUUUCGUGGCUUAUCGAAAUCAAAUUAACGUGUGUUUUUUCACAAGAACACUUCCCAUAUAAACAAGACAAGCUCCGGAGGAAGAAAAAAAAACGCGUGUGGUGGAAAAAGUUUCCUGUGCUAUGUAUAUGAAUUUCUAAUGAAAUGUUUGUCGUGUCUUUUUUUUUGCAAAACCGUUAAUUCAAAUUUCGCUCAUAUCUAUAAGCAAUAACCAUUAUCACAAAAUGGAAUUCUCUUAUUCUCUGCCUUUUUUCAGCACCAUUUGCCUCUUGUGAUCAAAGAAAUUAUACAUACAUUUUCGAAAGUCCAAAAGAGAAAUGACGAAGGAGAGAGAGAGAACUGUUAAAACGACGACCGCCUCUAUAAACAAACAUAUACAUACAUUUUUUUUUCUUUAUUUUAGUAUUAUUUCAAGAGUUUUCUAAUUUUUGGGAAGAAUUCUUUGUAGAAUAGAACAGAAGAAGGAGGUAGAAGAGAUUUCGAGAUUUUUCAAUAUUACACACAGAGAAAUUUUGAUCAAAAAUGGCAAUGAAACUGUCAAUUUUUGCGAGUGUGCCACUCGCAUUCGUUAAUGACGAGUAUUUCCUAUAUUGUUUACAUUGGAGAGUGCAAAUCAAACUGAGGUUAUGUGCGAAUAUCUCACUCGCAUUCGACUAAUACGAAUAAUUUUUCUGUGUGUAGGUUCUUUUUUACAUAAAUAUUUUCUUCUCAAUUCUGUGAAUGAACUUUUUUUUAAAUGCCGUAUGAAAAUUUAAAAUUUUCAUAAAGUAAUAAACAAAUUAAUUAAAACAAACACAAAAAAUUAUAAAGAUAGAUUGGUAGAUAAUUUAAAUGGCACACGCGCGAGUUUUGACUUUCUUUUAUGUGUGGAAAAGAACUUUUCUUUUUCGAUAUGUUGCGAUCGUGUCUCAUACCUUUGUCCAUAAGUGCUAUUAUUGUGGAAUAAAUUGUGGACCGUUAAGAGAAGACCGUGCCUAAUUCAAAAUGAAAUAUAUUCCUACGCAUAGACAUAUGUCACUUCAUUUUAUUAUUAUAUUGCAUACAAUAUUCUCAACCGGAUAGUCCAAAGCAUCUCGCUCUCUGUUGGCCAUGUCUCUUCCCCACACGGCGUUUCAAGUUUUAGCGCAUUGCAAAUACACACAACAAUUUCACAAAAAGGAGCGAAAGAAAAACUUUAGUCUUCCUUUUUUUUGCGUUGCCCCGCGACAAUGUAGUACAAUGUAGCAAAAUGUUUAAAAUGUGGCGGAAUAAUAUGCUUAAAUUUGUCACUAAUGCACUUCGAUGGUGGCUCUUUGUAUCUCACUCCUCCUUGUCUCCCAGGCUGUACGAAAUACGAAAUGGAGGAAAAAAAAAUGAAGAGGAAGUCAGUUGAAUAGGUAUUGGGGAGAUAGUCUCCGCACAUGGAAAACCACUAAAUGAAUGUGACUGUUUUCAAGAAAUGUCCAAAGCUUCAAAGAAAUUUGAUAAGAGAGGAAUGAUAUUAGGAAUAAAUAGGUAUUAUCAAUGUACUGCAAUGCAAUCUCUGAUGGGUAUACAAUGUUAUUCACAUAUUUUAUGAAAUCAUAAUCAAGAUAAAAUUCUAAAAAUUUAUACAAAGAAGAUUCUCCUCUAAAAUGGUUCUAUCUCGGCAAAGCCGCGAAAAUUGCAAUGGAGGAACUUUUUUUUUCCCUCAAUCGUAAUACUAUUUAGCACCCAUAAGUGGUUAUGAAAAAACCACAAAUAUGUUGGCAAAAAGACAUCACUAUAUUUAUCAGCAAAGAUAUUCUCAAUAGUAAACACUUUUAAAUACACUGAUGGUCAUCAAAAUGGAACCACAAUAGUUUGAGAGUUAAUGUGUUUCGACGUUUUAAAUAUUUUGUUAUUGUUUCUUCCAUAUAAGAACAUUAUGCUGAACAAUUUUUAUUACAUAUUAUAUGGUAUUUUUAAUAACUGAUAAAAUUCAAAGGAAGAAAACAGGAUGUUUGGCGGAGUGAAACGAGUGAAACAAAACUAAUCUUUAAGAAAAGAAGUUUUAAGUAAACUCUGCAAACUAAAGGAAAAUGUUCAAAGAUUUGAAUGAAUAUUGAAAUGCUUGCAAUUUAUUUUUUGGAGUUGUAAAAAUCUCCAUUGUGUUAAAAAAAAAAUGAAAUAAAAUAUGGCCAGGAUCCUAAUUAAAUAGAAGACGGAUUCUGAUGUGAAUUGUAAUCCUUCUAUAUGAUUUUCUUGGUAGUUUUUUUUCUAUUUUUGAACAAUUUUGUCAGAAGAAUUUUAUUUAAAAAUUAAAAAUUAACGCAGAUUUAUUGAGCUUUUUUUGCAAAGUCUAACUUCAAAAUUGUCUUAAAGAAACAAUUUUCAAUCAAAAUUCUUAAAAUUUCUCAUUUAUAAAAGAACAACAUUUUUAUGCAUUUAUUGACAAAAUAAAAUUGGAAAAUUUGUAUUAACUUUCCCAUUUAAUAAAGAAAUUUACUUCCUGAAAUUUCCAACCCUUCAUCCGGACUUUUCUUAUUGACUAAAAGAGAGACAAAAUAAUUUAUUUUCAGGAUCAGGAAAAUUCCGACAAUAUCGACUACACUCAAGAAAUGAAAAGUAUCAAAGCAAAUAUCUGUUCAGUUUAUGCAUAACAAAGUUUUUCCUUUUGAUGAUUCAAUAUUAAAGCUUCUUGAAUUGAAUAAUUUGAUAUCGAACUGUUCCAUUUAGUUACAGCAUGUAAUAAAACUAAGAAUAAAGUGUUGUUACGUAAGAAAUGAAUAUUAUCAUUGCAAGAAGGGAACUUUUCUACCUUGUAAAUCUACGCUAAUGUAAUCUAAUCGUAUGUACGUAAACAUAUAGAAAAUGAAUAACAUUGUAGACCCAUCAUUGAAUGCAAGAAAGUUAAUAUAAAAGCAGAAAAAGGCAUAGUGCGUGUACAUUUGUAUAAAAUAUAGUCAUCUGAUGAAGAUACAAUUUAUGUCAUAUAUUGAAGAAAGAAAAAAAACGUGAAAAAGAUGAUAAAGUCUGCAUUUUGUAAAUAGUGUAAUUAGAACCUUUUUAAACUAUUAAAUAAUAUGUAAUUUAUAUACAAUUUGAAAUAAAGUCGCAUUUGAUCAAAA